AUGGCAUUAUUUAAAGUGAAUGGAUGGGAUUUAAAAGAGGACGUUAAAUUUGGUAGUUCUAGUGAGAUUAAAAAUGAUAAAAAGAAGAACAAGGAGAAGAAAGAUAAAAGGGUAACUGAUAGAGAAGUGAAUGAUAGAAAAGAUUUUAAUAAAAAUAGAAAUGAAUUUAAGAAUGAAAAUAGAAAAGAUUAUAAGAGCAAUAAAAAUGAAAAUAAAAAGGAUUAUCAGAGUAAUAAAAAUGAAAUGAAAAGUCCAAAGCGAACAAAUUCAGAAAUUGAUGAUGAUGAUAAUAAUGAUAAUAAUAAGAGAAAGGUUAAAAGGCGCCGAAAUAAACAAAGACAAGAUAAAACAGAAAAAUCAAAUUCAAAACUUAAGCAGAAUAAUAAUGGUGAUAUUAGUGGAAAUAUUACCGGAAAUGAGAAUGAUAAAGUGGGAAAAGAUGGCAACAAAAAAAAAAAGGAAAUUGGAAGUGAAGUUGUAAAUAAAGUUGGAAAACCGGUGUCUACAUUGACUCCACUUCAAAGGAAGAUGAUGGCCAAGUUAUCAGGAUCGAGGUUCCGAUAUAUCAAUGAACAAUUGUAUACUAUCUCGUCACAGGAUGCAUUUAGUAUGUUGAAAAACGAGCCUGCAUUAUUUGAUGCAUACCAUGAGGGAUUUCGAUCUCAGGUUCAAAGCUGGCCACAAAAUCCAGUGGAUGUGUUUGUUGAACAAUUCAGAGAAAGAGCAAAGAGAAAUGUGAAUGCGCCAGGAGGAUUACCUGGAUUGUCUAAUAAAAGCAUUGUGGUGGCAGAUAUGGGAUGUGGUGAAGCCGAAUUGGAAAAGCACAUUAUGGAGUUUGUCAAGGUGUUUAACAGCAAGAAAUCGACUAGUGGAUUUAACAAGUUCAAGAGGAACAAUAAAUUUAAGAGUAACCAAAAGUUGGAGGUUAAAAUACAUUCAUUUGAUUUGAAAAAGGCCAAUGAAAGGAUAACGGUGGCAGAUAUUUCGAAUGUUCCGUUGGCAAAUAAUUCGUGCAGCAUAGUGAUAUUCUGUUUGGCGUUGAUGGGGAACAAUUUUCUUGAUUUUAUCAAAGAGGCAUGGAGAAUACUAGCGCCCAACGGUGAGUUGUGGAUAGCCGAGAUCAAAUCCCGGUUUACAGACACACACCUAAAGUUCAAAAACCGGAUUGAGGACGAUGAAAUGGACGAGUUUGAUAGAGUUGGUGGAUUGAACAUCGAGGGAUCGGAGAAUGCGUUGAAGUUGUAUGGAGAGAAGUUUGAGAGACAAAGGUCGAGUGGGAAACAAGAGCAAAGCGAAUCGCAAAUGCAAAGUCAAGGACAGGAGUUUAUCAACGUUUUAAAGCUUUUGGGGUUUUUCUACAAGAACAAAGACGACAGCAACAAGAUGUUUAUACGAUUUGAGUUUUUCAAGCCGUCGCAAGAAAUUCUUGAAGAGAGAAAGGCCAAGUUGGAAAGAAGAAAGAAAUUCAUUGAGAUUGAAAGCGAAAGAGAGGAGCUCGACAAGAGAAGAGAGAAAGAGCCGGAGGGAAAGUGGUUAUUAAAGCCAUGUAUAUACAAGAGAAGGUGAGGAAGUGGGCAUUGAAGCAUUGCCAUUAAAAGUG